AUGUCCACAAGCAGCAGCUACCGAAACACUGAUGAUGGCGAGGGGCUAUCCUCACCAUCACCGUCACCAACGCCACAACCAAGCGGUACGAAUGUCGUUCGAAUAUGGCUGCUUUUGAAGUUAUGCCGCCGCCGCCGCUGUUGGCUGGGGUGGCUGUGUGCGGUCAUUACGAAUGCAUACUUUCAAGUGUGUGUGUGCGUCGCUGAAGGUGCUGCCACCUUUGGCCUGGCAUUCAAGCUGGCUAUCUCUUUAAACUAUCUGCCUGACUUACUGCCUGCCUGCGGCCGGCCUGCCUGGCUGCUCUGUGAUGUUUGUAUCGUCGUGUAUGCGGGCGCUAAUGUCGCCGGUGCGGCAAACACCUUUAUCAGCGCUUACUCACGCUCACUCAGCGGCAUCGUCGAUCAGCAGUCUCAUGCAAUCAGGCGAUUGCCACCGUAUGCUGAGAGUGUUGCAACCGCUGCCACUUUGGCUAUCAGCAUUGCUGCAACUCACCCUAUCGAGCACUCUUACCGAUGUGCGCGCAUUCAUGCACCUCCAUGCCAUGCCAUGCUGCAGUCGCUCAAUGCAUCAAUACGCGCCUCAAUGCAGAAUUUUUGCAAUUUUGCCUUCAAGUGUCGAAGCGCCGCUUCAAUGCUUCCAGUCAAGCGCAAGCAUGAGCCGCCUAUUGAUUGGCAGUGGUGUGUACGCGCCUUGCCCUUCCCUCUCGCAUACCCGGCAGAUUCAUUAUAUUUACUACCCCCUUGGCAUGCCGCCCGCACGAUACUCAAUUCAAUGCAUAAAUACCAGCCACGUUUCCAUUUGGUGCGAGCCAAUGAUAUACUAAAGCUGCCGUACUCAACAUUUCGGACGUAUGUUUUCAAGGAGACGGAAUUCAUAGCCGUUACAGCAUAUCAAAAUGAGAAGAUUACUCAAUUAAAAAUCGAUAACAAUCCUUUUGCGAAGGGUUUUCGUGAUACUGGCGCUGGCAAGCGGGAAAAGAAUUACAAGCAAGCCCUCAUGUCGAAUCGCGGGUCCGAUUCGGACAAACUAAACCCAACACACGUCAGCAGCUCACGCGCCCCACUACAUUUGGGCCAUACGGGGCGACCACCGCACCACUUGCAUUCGCAUGCGGCGUUACACGACAAUCAAGUGGACGAUGAGGAUAAACUGUUGGAUGUGGUCGGACCACCGCAGAGUCCAUUAUUGCCUUUGAGUCAUUCGUUGCAGCAGAUGCAUGCGCACCAGCAAUCCGCCCUUGCAGCCUGGUUCAACCACUUGGCCGGUGCCGGUGAUCAUGCGAACGAAGAAGCUCUACGUCGUCGCCUACAAUCGGACGAUGUCGAACGUGAUGGUAGCGAUUCCAGCUGUUCGGAGAGUGUGGGCGGCAGCACGGGCGGCGCUUUCCGCCCCACUUCCUCGGGCAGUCCGAAAGAGAGUGCCGCUGGCGGUUUGAAUGCUGCCGGCGCAUAUCCUUCACCGAAUAUCUCAGUGGGACCACCGAUACACCCGUCGCCGCAUCUGUUGCCUUACCUCUAUCCACAUGGUCUCUACCCGCCACCGCAUCUUGGCUUGCUGCACAAUCCAGCAGCUGCGGCGGCCGCCAUGAACCCGGCCAGCCUCAAUCCAGGUUUGCUGUUCAAUGCGCAACUAGCGCUCGCCGCACAACAUCCCGCCUUAUUCGGACACUACUCAGGACAUACGCCCGUCUCACCGCUGCAGGGACUAAAGGGUCAUCGCUUCUCGCCGUACAGCCUACCUGGCAGUUUAGGUUCUGCCUUCGAUGCCGUCACGCCUGGUUCGAAUGCGAAUCGCGGUGGACCGUCAGGUGCGGGCGAUGCCUCGACCCUAGGACCUGGCAGCAGCGGACCCGGUAGCAGUAUAGAAAAUGGACCACGCAGUCUUAGCUCCAGUCCACGACCACGUGCCUCAUCAAACUCGCCACCCACGCGACCCAUUUCCAUGUCGCCAACGACGCCACCAUCACUACUCAAGCGUCAAAAUUCACCCUCAGAGCUGAAGAGUAUCGAGAAAAUGGUCAACGGGCUGGAAGUGCAACACAAUGGAAGUGGUAGUAGCGCUGGUCUCAACAUGGGCAUCGGUAUUGGCGCGCUGGUAAGUGGUGCCUUGGAGGAGUUGCAACGCAAGACGCCAACACAAGUGGAUCAGUGACAUUUGUUUGAUCGGGACGAAAACGACCGUUCGUCCGUCAUCGAUCUCGACGAUGUGUGACCGCAAGAGCAGGUUUUCUUGUUGCUUUAGUGGGUUCGUGCUGGAAUCCAUGUGACAAUUUGCUGCGCGGUAACAAUGAAGUUAAGGAGUUGGCAGUUAAUAUAGGCUGCGCCAAAAUAUGUCAAUUGCUUGUGCAUUGUGGAGUUCGACAACAACAACUCGAGUUAGACCACGGCUCUGCGCCAACGCACAUUGUCUUGUCUUGUAUAUACCAAUACACAUACAUGUAGUUUAAGUAGUGUAUAAAAUAAACAUAAAUGCGAGUAUAUUAUGUUGAAAAAAAAAAACUAUGUUCCACGUAUGAAUCCACAUGUAAACUUUGCGUUAGUUGACAUAAUUCAGUAGCAGAUAUGCAAGCACAAAUGCGCCGGUAUGAGAGAUAGCGCAGUUGAAGUAAAUACCACUUUAAAUUAGGUUCCACAAAAUCUGAAUUUUUUUUCAAAAAAAAAAAACUAUAGCAAUGCCAAACCUUUUUUUAUUGUUUAAGUAGCUAAACCGCAGGUUUAUUACUUAGUAGUUAUUAAUUUAGCCAAAUUUCAAUAAAUUUAUAUUUCAUACAUAUAUGAAUUUCAUACAUAUAUGAAAUCGAGUUUUCUAAUAUACAUAGGCUGUUUUUUUGACUUAGCCAGCUCAGCCCAUAUAAUUACAUACAUAUAAUAUUAUUGUAUGUACAACAUAUGUAUGUAUGUUCAAUUUAUAUACUCGAUUUCCUUUCCAAUUCACAUUUUUCACUCAGCCAGGUAUUAAUAGUUUUCACAGCGGCUUAUUUCUUAGUUUUCUUUUGCAAUUUCUCUUAAUACUUUGACAUACAAUCCUAUCUGUGUUUUACGCUUAGCUUUCAGUAGAAUAUCUUAACUGUUGUUUCUAAAAAUAUGCAAACUUUCCUUACCUUCCACAUAGCAUAUUUUUUACGCACUCUAAAGUUAUACUCAAACAUCACGUAGCUGUUAAAUGUUUUAUCAAUCGUAUCAGCUCCGCUACAAUCCACUUGUGUUCCACAUACGAUCCACACGAAUUGUCCGCUUUUUAGUUCUAUUUACUCGUCGCAACGCUGCCAGACGGUUUACUUCAAAAUUGUGUAAGUUCCACAUACAAUCCACGUGAAUUCGUACGCUUUAUAGUUAUAUUUACUCGUCACCAAACACUAACAAACAGUUUAUUUCAAAAUGGGUAUGUUCCACAUACAAUCCACUUACGUUUCACAUGCAUUUUACUUUGAAUUUUUGCUUUUAAAUUGCUAUCAAACCUCAUCCUACCAUUAAACAGUGCAUCUAGAAAUUCUGUUAGCUCCAAAUAGAGUCCACAGCUUGCAUGUUUGCUUCAACUGGCGCAUUUGUCAGCAAUAACUAGCGCUACAUGUCGUAAUAAUUUUAGUAAUUUCAUUUUUCAAUUUAAAUUUAGUUAACUUCUUAAGUUCUCAAACCAAAGAGUUACUUUCAUUGUAAAAAAAAUAUGAAUUUUUCUAACAAAACUUAUUAUUACUAAAAACCAUUAGUUGUUUCUACUUAUAUGGUCAACCAUAUAUUAAUAUUUGUAUAAAAAAAAAGAAUAUUUGUUAUGCUACAAAAUGCGCUGUCAACAACAUCUUCUCUAAACUGUUUCACACUAUUACGAAUCCACUGUAAAAUAAGUAGGGAAUCACCGUAUCUUAUCACUUUCUACUUAGCUUGAAAUGUGAGUGACUUGCCCCCCAGUAGCUAGUAGUAGUUUUAGGCGUGGGCGUGGCAUUAAAUAUUCACGCUCAGAGUAUUAUAAUUUAAAAUAAGACAUUGUAUAGAUGUACGAUUUUUUGCAAAUAAAAUUUAAAAAAACAAAAGGAUAUUAGAAAGUUGCACUUUUAACAAAUGCAUGUGUAUUAUUUAGUUUAAAUUGUUUUAAAAAAUAUUUUGUUUUUGUAACAGUUGAAUA